AUGUUAUUUAUUCAACUGACUUUGUGUUGUGAAAAUUUUCCAAAUGGAACUGAAACAAAAUUACAUUGGUAUAAAUGUUUUGAUUCUGGAGAUAUAAUUUUUUAUUCAUUAGAUACAACUGAUGAAAAAAACAAUAGUAUGUAUCCAAUUAAAUUAAGAAAACCUUUGUAUGUAAAUAUUAAUAUGGAUAACAAUGGUGAAACAUCAUCUUUAAUAAAACUUGAUAUAAUGUUAUAUCGAUGGGGUGGUUGGCAAGGUUGUUCAUGGCAUAAAAUUCCAACAUUUGGACUUUUAUCUAAUUUGAAUGCUUGUAAAAAUGGUGUUCCAUGUCCAAUAAGAUCAGGAAAAAAUAUGAACAUUAGAAUUUUAAUUGAUUUUACAAAAUAUAAUGCUAUUAUAUCACUACUUAAAAAUGAUUAUCCCUAUCAAAUUAUAUAUAAGUUAACGGAUAUAAAAUCAGAAAGAACAUCAUGUGUAGUUGUUCAAGCACGUUCAUUAACUAAAAGUUAA